AUGGUUCUCGUCAAGAAUCUUUCAACGUUCCUCCCUUUAGUCCUCUCACAGGCGUUGAUGUCCAAUGCCCAUCUCUCGGUCUGGAUGCCCUCCAUGUACGGUCUCGAUCCGACCAACAUCAAUAGUGAUAAUGCUAGUCAACCUCUUCAAGGUUACACUUUCGAACAAUGGUGGUGGCAUGGAAACCUCGAUAACCCACCUGCGGACAACGAGAGUUUUGCCCUCCCUGCAAACGGAUCCGUAGAUGUUGAGAUAUCCUCCAACAAGGCAUUCACAACCCUUGGGCGCGGCUUCAAAGAUGCAAACCCUCGAAUGGCACCUGACCCAUGGCUCAACCAGAACGGCUGGGGAAACAUGCAUGCCCCCAGCCGCGCCGACGUUGCCGGCAGCGCCCUCGCAAUCGCCUACAAAAGCGACGCAGAAUCCGUCCUCCCCAGCGACUUCGUCGUCUUCUCCGUCGUCCACGACAGCCCCGCCCGCCAGCUCGAGACUUUCCAUGUUCCUGACCUCCCUGUAUGUCCCAAUGACCGCUGCAUGUGCUCCUGGUUCUGGAUCCACAAAUCUAUCGGCGGGACCGACCAGAUGUAUAUGGUCCCCUUCGUCUGUCAUGUCACCAAUGCCACCAAUACUACUCCUCUGGGUAAACCCGUGGCUCCUGUCAACUGCGAAGGCGACAAGAGCAAGUGUGUGCAGGGCGCAAAGUCACCAAUGUACUGGAUGAACUUAGAGGGUAACAACAUGUUUGAGCCGGGACACUAUGCGCCUACUUACAACACAGGAUAUGGAUAUUUUGAGGGUGCGCAGACUGAUAUCUGGAUUGACGGACACAACGCUACUUCCACCACUGGCACCAGUGCAAAUGUUGCGGCGGCGACUAAAGCUGUUUCGAAGGGUGUUAGGCACGGGGGUGUACACCGUCGUCGUGGGUGGUUCGGGGGGAACUAA